AUGGCCAUCUUUGGGAUCGGAGGCGCACGACCAGGAUCAACGCGUGGCAAGGUCACGCUGCACCUCACUUCGGACAUCACGAACGCCCGGCUCUCCGUGAUUGCGUUCAUACUGCCACGCCUGUCACUUCUUCAAGGCUCCACGUCCAGCACACCAGAAGAUUGGCCGCAUAUUCGAGGACUCCAACUGGCGGAUCCUCAAUUUCGCGAGAACGAUCCAGCCGAGCUACUCCUGGGAGCGGAGGUGUGCUCCUUAAUUCUUGAAGAGGGUCUACGCAAGGGUGGACCUCAGAUGCCAAUCGCGCAGAAGACAUCGCUAGGAUGGAUCCUCUCUGGAGGCUCCGGCGUCGCAUCCGCAGAAGAGCACCGUCGCACAUUCCAGUGCACUGCCGAUCACGAGCUAUUCGAGCUGGUGCAGCAGUUUUGGGAACAGGAACGGGAGCCCAACGCAGUCACGACACUCUCCGCCGAAGAGCAGCAAUGCGAGGACUUCUUCGUGCACACGCACACUCGCACCUCUUCAGGACGAUACGUGGUGAAGCUGCCGUUCUCCUCACCAAUCACUGCACUCCGCGAAACCCGCAAACCAGCCGAGCGGCUUCUCACAACGAUGGAGAGGCGAUGCGUCCAGGACCCUCGAUUCGGCAAUCUGUAUCGCAGCUUCAUGACAGAAUACGAAGACCUGAAACAUAUGACGCUGGUGACAUGCUCCACAACGAGCAAUCAGUCAACGUACUUACCACAUCAUGGAGUACUCAAGGAGUCCAGUGCCACGACGAAGCUGAGGGUCGUGUUCAAUGGGUCGCAGCGAACGCGAACUGGAGACUCUUUAAACGCACACCUCAUGACUGGAGCAAAUCUUCUGCCAGCUCUUCCUGACGUACUACUCCGAUGGCGUCAACACCAGUAUGUCUUCGUUGCUGAUAUAGAGAAAAUGUAUCGGCAGAUACUCGUGCAUCCGGAUGACUGCAGAUUCCAAACGAUCCUGUGGCGUCAUUCAACUGAUGAUGAAGUGCGAGAGUACCAGCUGAGAACGGUCACCUACGGUCUGGCGUGUGCUCCGUUUCUCGCCAUACGGACACUCCGUCAGCUCGCAACGGACGAAGAAGAGCAGUUUCCUCGUGGCGCCGUAGCUCUGCGUCGAGAUUGUUAUGUCGACGAUGUGGUCACCGGCUCAAAUACGCUGAACGAUGCGAUCGCACUCCAGAUGGAAAUUCGCAACCUCUGCUUGGCGGGCGGAUUUCCGUUGAAGAAGUGGGCAGCCAACGACGAGAGGAUCCUGACUGGAGUACCAAGCGAUCAUCGUUUGCAGCAAUUGCCGCCAGCUUGGGAAGGAGAGAGUCACUCCACGCUAGGACUCCGCUGGCACCCGCAACACGACCAGUUCUCUUUCGUGUUUCAUCCGCACGCUGCCAUCAACCACACGAAGAGAACGGUUUUAUCCGAAACCGCACGGCUCUUCGAUCCAAUGGGGUGGCUCGCUCCAGUCGUGAUUCGAGCAAAAAUUCUCAUUCAAUCCACGUGGCUGCAAGGAUUGGACUGGGACACCCCGCUGCCGCCAUCCGACGCUCGAGAGUGGCAACGUCUUCUAGAAGAACUCCAUCUUCUAGAUCAGGUGCGAAUAAAACGCUGGCUCGGGACCGGAGCAGAUAAGGCCUCGCUGCAGCUUCAUGGCUUCGCCGAUGCAUCCGAACGAGGAUAUGCAGCCGCAGUAUACAUCCGCAUCACUGAAAGGGACGAAACGUCAGUAAGGUUAUUGAUGGCCAAAAGCAAGGUAGCACCCGUCAAACAAGUGACCUUGCCGAGGCUGGAGUUGUGCGCCGCCACGCUACUCACCAAUUUGACGCGACAUGUCAAACAAACGCUCGACCUGGCAACAUCAGACACGUACUUAUGGUCAGAUUCAACAGUGACCCUCCAAUGGAUUCGCGGUCACUCCUCACGCUGGAAGACUUUCGUCGCCAAUCGAGUCGCUCACAUCCAGACGCAGCUGCCUAAUGCACAAUGGAGACACGUAGCUGGUCGCGACAACCCUGCGGACUGUGCAUCAAGGGGUAUUAAUCCAAGCGAACUAAUCAAUCACGCUUUAUGGUGGACAGGACCUACCUGGUUGUCACAGCACGAAUCGGCCUGGCCAAAUUCCGUGAUGGAGAUCCGAGGAGACGACGUGCCAGAAAGGAAAGCCACGAGCCUGAUGACUGUCAACCGGGUCAUCGUCGAGCCAGAAAUCCUGCUCCGCUUCUCAUCUCUGCAUCGCCUGCUACGGAUAUCCGCAUGGUGCCGUCGCUGGCUGCGCGCUUCUGAGCCGACUCACACCGCUGGACUAACGUUGAGUCCUGAGGAACUCGACAUGGCACUCUUUCGCUGGCUUCGAGAAGUGCAGACACUGCACUUCACGGACGAGAUCACCGCAGUCGCAGCUGGACGCUCCGUCGCACCACGCAGCACAUUAGUCAAGCUGACUCCGUUCCUCGACGACCAUGGUGUUCUGAGAGUGGGAGGUCGGCUUAAGCACGCCCUGCUGACACAAGAUGAGAGGCACCCGAUGAUCAUUCCAACCUCGUCGUGGCUGACUCGUCUGCUGGUGGAAUCCUGUCACCGUCGGACGCUGCAUGGCGGAGUGCAACUUACUCUGGGGCUGCUUCGACUGCGCUUCUGGAUUCCACGAGGACGCACAGUUGUGAAACAGCAACUACAUCGCUGCAUCACCUGCACAAGAUGGCGAGCAACGACGCUGCAGCCACCGAUGGGUAAUCUACCCCGCGAUCGGGUCACUCCGACUCGGCCAUUUCUGCGCACUGGAGUGGACUAUGCAGGACCCAUCCUCAUCCGAACGAGCAAGGGACGAGGACACCGCGCCUAUAAGGGCUAUAUCGCAGUAUUCAUCUGUUUUUGGUCCAGAGCCAUCCACCUCGAACUUGUCUCGGAUUACUCUUCAGAGGCCUUCAUCGCCGCUUUACGUCGCUUUGUCUCACGUCGAGGUCUCUGUACGGACAUAUAUAGCGACUGUGGAACGACCUUCAUCGGGGCUGACCGCACUUUACGGGAACUCUUCGUCGCUGCAUCCACAGAGGGUCGUGGAAUCGCACGCGUAGCUGCUGAACAUGGCAUACGGUGGCACUUUAAUCCACCAGCAGCUCCGCACUUCGGCGGAUUGUGGGAGGCAGCCGUCAAAUCCGCUAAGUAUCACUUGCGGAGGGUGAUAGGUGAAACCACUCUCACCUUUGAGGAACUGACCACUCUCCUCACACAAAUUGAGGCCUGUUUAAAUUCUCGUCCAUUACAGGCACUCUCUGACGAUCCAGACGAUAUUACAGCACUGACUCCGGGCCACUUCCUGAUCGGCGCGCCGCUUCUCGCCAUCCCGGAGCCAGUACAGGAGGACACCAGUGGAUCCGCAGCAUCACGAUGGCAUCAUCUCCAGGCGAUGCGAGAUCACUUUUGGCAAAGAUGGUCGGGAGAGUACAUCCAUGGACUCAUCUCACGACCUAAAUGGUUGAAGGUCGAUACCACACCUCACAUCGGAGCACUCUGCCUUGUGCGCUCCGAGAUUUCGCCUCCAAACCGAUGGCCUCUCGCCCGGAUCACAAAACUGCAUCCCGGCGACGACGGGAUCGUACGCGUGGUCACCGUUCGAACCGCGACCUCCGAGCUCGUGCGUCCGCUCGUAAAAAUCGUCUUACUUCCCGACUUCACAACGGACGUAACGACACGCAACGCAUAG